AUGGACGUCCUAGCACCAUCGUGCGUGCACGCAAAGCAUUACGCGAAGAUGAAUCUGUCCAGAAUAGAGAGUCGGCCAGGACUGACAAGCUGUGUCUCGGCUAGUCUGAUGCGGCUACUGUUCUCUCCCUAUACGAGUCCCGUUGCCCAGGUUGUCCUGACAGCCAGAGCCAGUCUGACAAAAUUGGAUGCCCACCACCUUCAUUCUGGCACGUCAGCCAGCCAGCCUGCAAGGCUUUGCCGGCUUUUUCCGCUCCACUUGGACGGCGGCCUUUCCUCUGACGAGGGCGCGAACCCAUGCCUUCGAUGGGGUUAA